AUGGUGGGAAAUUAUGAUGAAAAUUUACUUUCUGAUAUGUUACCGGUAUAUUAUACAAGAUUAUUCCCUCAAAAUAUUUUCUGCCGAUGGCUUGCAUGUGGAAAUAGUCCACAGCCCCUUUCUAAUAGAGAAUUGUCAUUUACACUAGCCGAUGAUGUUUAUAUACGAUAUUUAUCUAUAAGCAAUCAGAAAGAAUUUCAGGCAUUGCUUCAAAAGAAAUGUCCGCACAAAUUGGAUAUUGGUGCUGUAUAUAACAAUAAACCUUCUAUUUCAAGGCAUGACGCUGUAGUGCUUGCUAGAGAGUUAGUGUUUGAUAUCGAUUUAACUGAUUAUGAUGAGGUUAGAACAUGUUGUCAAGAGGCUAAAGUUUGUGAUAAAUGUUGGAAAUUUAUGGUAAUUGCCUGUGAAAUCAUUCACACAUCCUUAAAGGAUGACUUUGGUUUUCAAAAUAUUCUUUGGGUAUUUUCUGGACGACGUGGGAUUCAUUGUUGGGUGUCUGAUUAUGAAGCAAGAACAUUAGACAGCCCAGGAAGAGGAGCAAUUGCUGAUUAUCUGUGUUUAAUUAUAGGUGGAGAUAAUCAGAACAAAAAAGUUCACUUGGGAGUUGACAAUCUUCAUUCAAGCAUCAGAAGAUCCAUUGGUAUCAUUGACAAAUAUUUUGAUGAAGUAAUGCUGGAUCAAGAGUUUAUUGGAACACCAGAACGGUUACAGAAAUUUUUGAAAAUGAUUCCAGAUGAAACUUUCAGAGACAUAGUUGAAAAGAAUUUAGCAAAAUUGUCUGAAUCAUCUUUGGAGAGAUGGAAGUCAUUUGUUAACAUUUAUGAUACAUACUUAAGAGAAAAUGGCAAUGCAAUUCGGAAGAUAAAAUAUUUAUUAGAAGAAAUUAAAAUACAAUACUGUUAUCCACGAUUAGAUGUUAAUGUUACAAAAGGAUUUAAUCAUCUUCUGAAAUCGCCCUUUAGUAUACAUCCAAAAACUGGGAAAGUUUCAGUAGUAUUUAAACCAAAUAAUGCAAGAAAUAUGAAAUUAGAUGAAAUACCAACAAUAUACACUUUACUUGAUGACAGCUCCCCAGACAAUGUACAACAUCAGAAUAACAUGAGAAGUGCAGUGAAAAAUUUUCAGGAAGUAGUUUUCUCUUUGGAGAAAGCAGAAGCAAUGAGAAGAAGAAAUGAUGCUAAUACUACUUUAGAAUUCUGA